AUGCGGGUAUUCAUCCUCACUGCGGCCCAUGUCCUAGCAUUCGCGUCAACCAUCUUUGCCCAGUCUCUCAUUAGCGAUCUUUCGUUCGGACAGACAUCUCCUCUAGCAGAUAAUGGGGCCAAUAUACCCGGUUUUCAUGUGUUCGGCGAAGGUCAUGUUCCUAGACUCAUGUCGGAUCGAGUAAUCCUCACUCCUCCUCAUCCAGGAAACAAACGCGGAGCUUUAUGGGCAGACAAAAAGAACACAGCUACCGAUUGGAAGGUCGACCUAGAUUUCCGGGCCAAUGGCCCCGAAAGAGCAGGUGGUAACCUGCAAUUAUGGUACGUUGACAGCGGGAAAGCUCUAGUCAGCUUGAGCAGUAUAUACACAGUCAGGAAAUUUGAUGGACUCGCAUUGGUUAUAGACACGCAUGGGGGCACUUCCGGGAGUAUACGAGGGUUCUUGAACGAUGGAACUAGAGAUCAUCGUAACGAUCCUAAUGUUGACGCCCUUGCCUUCGGUCACUGCGAUUAUGCCUACCGCAAUCUCGGCCGACCAUCCAAGUUGACUCUAAAAUCCAGCCCGAGCGCAGGCCUGCAAGUCCUGGUUGACGACCGACCUUGCUUUAGCAGUGACAAAAUCUCUCUACCAUCAGACUACUAUUUCGGCAUAACAGCCGCCUCCUCCGACCCUCCAGACUCCUUUGAAGUCUUCAAAAUGUCCACCUACUCUUCUAGCAGCAACUCCCCUCCACCCGCUCAGAACCAAUAUCAACCUCAACAAGAACGCUCCCAACCUCAAUCAAAUGAUAACAAAAUCAAUAACAACGACGCCGCCAAUGUCCCUAUCACGGAGCCGAAAGACGACGACCCAACAACCUACACCACCUCCGCCGCCCAAUUUGCCGACCUGCACAACCGACUCCAACUCCUCUCCCACGCGGUUCACAACCUCUUCCGCGAAAUUUCCGCCCACACCACCGCCGAAGAAGCGCGCUACAAUCAGAUCCUGAAGCAACUCCCCUCCGCCAACACCAUGAACAACCUAGACCACCGCGUCCAGAACAUCGAGCUGAUGAUCUCCGCUUUAAAAAAGGAGAUCGAGUCUGGCGACCACAAGGGCCAGUUCGAGCGUUUACAUGAUAAGCUGAAUGUGGCGCAUGAGAGGAUUACGGAGCAUUUGCCUCAGACGUUGGCAAGGGUCGUGAGUAGUAGUGCGCCUAGGGUAGGGUUACUGGUUGGCGUCGUGGUGGUGGUGCAGGUCGGGUUAGCGGCGGCGUAUGUGAUCUACAAGCGGAGGAGGAGUCAGGUGCCGAAGAAGUAUUUAUAA